UGCGGGGCAGCCCGGCGGGGUUUGGGCGCUGCACCGCGGCAAGAUGGCGGACAGGGAGGAGGCGCUGAGGGAGUUUGUGGCCGUGACCGGCGCCGAGGAGGAGCGAGCGCGGUUCUUCCUCGAGUCCGCUGGCUGGGAUCUCCAGAUUGCACUUGCCAGUUUCUAUGAGGACGGGGGUGAUGAGGACAUCCUGACCCUUCCCCAGCCCACGCCCAGCUCCAUAUCCAGAGGCACUGGAGCCAGUGACCAUCGAGUAACCUCAUUCAGAGACCUUGUGCAUGCGCAGGAGGAAGAUGAUGAAGAGGAGGAGGGACAGAGGUUUUAUGCCGGUGGCUCAGAGAGAAGUGGCCAGCAGAUCGUGGGUCCUCCAAGGAAGAAGAGUCCCAACGAGCUGGUGGAGGAUCUGUUCAAGGGAGCCAAGGAACACGGCGCCGUGGCGGUCGAUCGGACGGCCAAGAGCGGUGGCGAGACGAGCAAGCCAAAGCCUUUUGCAGGGGGAGGGUAUCGCCUUGGGGCUACUCCAGAGGAGGAGUCGGCUUAUGUGGCAGGAGAGAGGAGACAGAACUCUUCUCAGGAUGUGCACGUUGUACUGAAGCUCUGGAAGAGUGGAUUUAGUCUGGAUAGUGGAGAGCUGAGGAGCUACCAGGAUCCGUCCAAUGCCCAGUUCCUGGAUGAUAUCCGCAGAGGGGAAGUCCCAGCUGAGCUGCGCAGGUUAGCACGGGGUGGACAGGUGAACCUGGACAUGGAAGAUCACCGUGAUGAGGAGUAUGUGAAACCUAAAAGUGUCUUCAGAGCUUUUACUGGAGAGGGACAGAAGCUGGGCAGCACUGCCCCCCAGGUGAUGGGCACCAGCUCACCAGCCCAGCAGGCAGAGAACGAAGCCAAAGCCAGUUCUGCCAUUGUGAUUGAUGAGUCAGAGCCCAUCACCAACAUCCAGAUCCGGCUCGCUGACGGCGGGCGCCUGGUCCAGAAGUUCAACCACAGUCACAGGAUCCGGGACAUCCGGCUCUUCAUAGUAGAUGCUCGGCCAGCGAUGGCUGCCACCAGUUUCGUCCUCAUGACCACCUUCCCCAAUAAAGAGCUGACUGAUGAGAACCAGACCCUGAAGGAAGCCAACCUGCUCAAUGCUGUCAUCGUUCAGCGGUUGACAUAAAGGACCCCAGCUCUGGCCACACAGCCGCGGGGCCGUCUCCUCCCGCGCGUGCGCCGGCGCCGUGCCACGCAGGCCCACAUCUGCUCCUAGCUCUGGGUUCUUAGGUCUUGGUUGGACUUUUUCUCUUUAGUUGCAUUUCCCAUGGGGUUUUUUGUGAUGAUGGUGAUGAUGAUGAUGAUCAGUGGACUUCAAAAUAAAUAAACGAAACGAAUUCGUUUGGAAAGGA